CAGUACUGAGCUGUGCCUAAGCUGGGAUUGAUGGAGAAUCCAAUUUAGGAAAACACCCUUUGAUGAAGAAAGCAUGAAGCAAAGAGGAAUUUUUGCACGGACGUUUCCAAGUGCGACAGGCACAAUAACACCAGGACCCUCUCUGGGAGGGCUCCUGGGGCACUGCAGACCUGUUGGCAUGAGAGGAGAGCCCUGAUUGAGCCCUGAGCAUCCGAGUUGGCUGUGGUUGAGGAUUAUAAGAGCUGUUUUGAUCAGGGGAAAAUUUCCAUUUUUAGCACAGGCAGCAAUUAAAAUAGCUUGCGAAUCUCAACGCCUCGGGGAGCUGUCAUAAAAGGCGGCAGAAAAUCCGUCUUCUGGACUCCUCUGCAGCUAGAGAUGAGCCUGGAGGCAGCAGAGUAGAAGAGAGGCUGAGCUUCACCUGGUGAAAAAGGACAACCCCAAGACCUUGAUUCAGAUCCACUGCUGUGAUCUCGAGAUGGCUGUGGAGGAUCUCCAGGCUUCCAGCACCCCUUUCUCGCUCUCCUUUUCGGGCAGUGGCUUCCUGGCCCUGUACCAGGUCGGGGUGGUGCAGUCCCUGCUGGAGUUGGCUCCUGAGCUCCUCAAGUCUGCCUGCAAGGUCUACGGCUCCUCGGCCGGGUCGCUCAUCGCCGCCGCCGUCGUGUGCGGCGUCGGCCUCGAUGACCUCAAGGAGUUUUUCUUUGCGCUGGCAACAGAAGUCAGGAAAACCAUCCUGGGCCCCCUCUCUCCCAAGUGCAGCUUGCUGGCCAAUCUCAAGGCUGUCCUGCAGCGGAUGCUGCCGGAGGAUUCCUACCUGCUGGCCUCGGGGCGGCUGCACAUCUCGCUGACGCGGGUGGUGGACGGCCAGAACGUCAUGGCCUCGGAGUUCAGCUCCAAGGAGGAGCUCAUUCAGGCUCUCCUCUGCAGCUGCUUUCUUCCAAUUUACUGUGGAUUCAUCCCUCCAUCCUACCGAGGAGUGCGCUACGUGGAUGGAGGUUUCACGGGCCUGCAGCCUGUGUCCAGCCUGGAGGAACCUGUGAUCACCGUGUCCCCGUUCACCGGCGAGCUGGACAUCUGCCCCCGCGACUGCCCUGCCAUCUUCUUCUGCUUCCAGAUCUUCAAUGGCAGCAUCCAGAUCUCCAUAGAGAACCUGUGCAGGAUCAGCUACGCUCUCUUUCCACCCAGCACCAUGGUCUUGAAUGACAUUUUCUCUCAGGGAUACCAGGACACUGCCCUUUUCCUGUACAGGAACAAUGCCUUUGGCUUUAAUUACUUCGAUGGCAAUUUCCGCUUUGGCAGCACCUGUGGGAAAAAUGACUCUGGAAAAUCCAAUGGGACACACCCCGGCCUGCACAAAAGGGUCCCUCAGUGCCUGACCCCUUACUUCCUGCCAGGCUUGUGGAAGAAGGAGCAGGUGAAUGGACUACAGGACCCACUUGCAAAGGUCCUGCUGCAGCCAUACAGGCUCCCAGCCUUAUUCAGGAAGGGGGUGAAGAAGGUGUGGGGGCUGCUGGAAGGUGUCAGGUCCCUGGUACGACUCCACAAGCUCCUCCAAACCUUGGUGCCUGGUUUGCCUAAGACAGCCGUGGACAGGAGGAGGUAGCAAGGUAACAAGGAUUGUCCCAGCGGGGCCCUGGGGGUCUCCAGCGCUGCCUUGGAAUGUGGUGGGCAGCACCAGCACACACCAGCAUGGCUGCUGGUUCUCGAGGGAAUAUUUGGGGAGUAUUUUUUUCUUCAGACCCUAUCUGGUUCUGUCUGCAGUGCUGCCAUUGCAGUGCCCCUGCUAAGGCCUCACCUGCUUUUCCAUGAUGGCUGAGGCAAAGCUCUGGUGCUGCUCCUGGGACCCAUCCCUGGCUGCAGGGGCCACGGGGCAGCUUUACCUGCAGACCUCAUAGCCCAGUCCUUUUCCUGCCCACUCCAUCUCCUCCCCACCAGCAGCAUCCCUUCCCUGCUUUAAUACAGAUUACAGGGUGGGCAGUUGCCAGGAAAUGCCAAGUUUUAAGUGUUUUCUUCCCACUCAAAAACUUCAAGAGACAUACCUCAGAGAGAGAGAGAAGACUUAGGGAGCAUCAUACUGGGCAGGAACUAAUUUUUCUACAGUUCCCUGAAGUUUUUUUACCAAGUAUCAAUUCUUGAGCUUCACACCUGCCCAUAGCCCUUCUUCUGCUGCCUGUGGAAGUGGGAAUGCAUUUGGAUCCCCUGGAACUUUCAGAUGUGGAGAAGGAUGGAGUAACCUAAAGAUUAACUUCCCCCUACUAUGGAGUCCCGCAGGCUGAAUCUCCUGACAUUUCACAAAUAUACGAGUUCUUCUCCUGCAAUUUUCUGUAACUCAUGGUCACACAGAGAAUGGCCCAGGCAAACGCACCCUGUGUCACUGGGCAGCACACAGAAUUAAUUAGCAGCACUGUUAAUUCUCCCAAAACCGUGCUACAUAUCAGAGGCUGUGGAUUGUCUUUGCCCCAAUCUGUGUCUCCCCUGUUUGUUUGUUCCCAACAGGCAACAAAUGGAUCCCAACAGCAGCAGCUGUUUAUUAGAGCAAAUAGCCUGUUUAAUUGCACAAAGGAAAAGGGAACAGAGGGAAAUUUCAUCCUAAGGG